AUGGAGUUGACACUGAAUUCCUCAAGUUCUCUUAUCAAACGCAAAGAUGCCAAGAAUUCCAGAAACCAAGAAAGUUCCUCUAACAACAUGACCUUUGCGAAGAUGAGGCCGCCAACAUAUCAGUUCCAAGCAAAGAACUCGGUGAAGGAAAUGAAGUUCACUCAUGAGAAGACCUACUCGCCAGAAAAUGAAACCACUGAGAGAUGGGAGAAGCUUCAUGUACUCUCAUACCCACACCCCAAGAGCGACUCUAGUGUUCCGGUGUUUGUCAUGUUACCGCUUGACACGGUAACAAUGUCAGGGCAUUUGAACAAACCAAGAGCCAUGAACGCCAGUUUGAUGGCUCUUAAAGGAGCUGGUGUGGAAGGUGUAAUGGUGGAUGCUUGGUGGGGACUGGUAGAGAAAGAUGGACCUAUGAAGUAUAACUGGGAUGGCUAUGCCGAGCUGAUUCAAAUGGUUCAAAGGCACGGUCUCAAACUCCAGGUCGUUAUGUCUUUCCAUCAAUGUGGAGGAAACGUCGGAGACUCUUGCAGUAUCCCCUUGCCCCCAUGGGUACUUGAAGAAGUCAGCAAGAACCCUGAUCUUGUCUACACAGACAAAUCUGGUAGAAGGAACCCUGAGUAUAUCUCCUUGGGAUGUGAUUCUGUGCCUGUCCUUAGAGGAAGAACACCUAUCCAGGUCUACUCAGAUUUCAUGAGGAGCUUCCGUGAAAGAUUCGAUAAUUACAUAGGAGGAGUUAUUGCGGAAAUUCAAGUGGGAAUGGGACCUUGUGGAGAAUUGAGAUACCCAUCAUACCCUGAGAGCAACGGGACCUGGAGAUUUCCCGGAAUUGGAGAGUUCCAGUGCUAUGACAAGUAUAUGAAAUCGUCACUUCAAGCAUAUGCUGAAUCAAUCGGGAAAACUAACUGGGGAACAAGUGGACCUCAUGAUGCCGGCGAAUACAAGAACCUCCCAGAAGAUACUGAAUUCUUCAGAAGAGACGGAACAUGGAAUAGCGAGUAUGGAAAGUUUUUCAUGGAAUGGUACUCCGGAAAGCUACUAGAACACGGAGACCAACUCCUAUCUUCAGCAAAAGGAAUCUUUCAAGGAUCCGGAGCAAAGCUAUCAGGAAAGGUAGCCGGAAUCCACUGGCACUACAACACCAGGUCACACGCAGCUGAGCUAACCGCCGGAUACUACAACACGAGGAACCACGACGGGUAUCUACCAAUAGCUAAGAUGUUCAGCAAACAUGGGGUUGUACUAAACUUCACCUGCAUGGAGAUGAAAGAUGGGGAACAACCGGAACACGCAAACUGCUCACCAGAAGGUCUGGUAAAGCAAGUACAGAACGCGACAAAGCAAGCUGGAACGGACCUAGCAGGGGAGAAUGCGCUAGAACGAUAUGACUCGAGCGCAUUCGGACAAGUGGUAGCAACAAAUAGGUCAGAUUCCGGAAACGGGUUAACCGCAUUUACAUACCUAAGAAUGAACAAGCGGUUAUUUGAGGGUCAAAACUGGCAGCAGUUAGUGGAGUUUGUUAAGAACAUGAAGGAAGGUGGCCAUGGGAGGAGACUCUCAGAAGAAGACACAACUGGAAGUGACCUUUAUGUGGGAUUUGUCAAAGGCAGGAUCGCUGAGAAUGUCGAAGAGGCUGCUCUAGUGUAAUUCCCCACAUAGGUACAUAAAGUGUGGUCUAUUGUUGCAUUGUAUUCCUAAAUCUGCUAAAUAAAUAAAUAGAGAGAUGAGAGUGACCAAAGAAAAAAGAAAAGAUGAAACCAGUAGAGUGUUAAAGCUAUAGAUUUGCACAAUUCUGGGUUAGAGUCAGAGCAAAGAGAAGCCAAAAUCAAGAUGAUGUACACUUACUUAGAUUGCAGUUAGAAACCGUGUAUCCUGUUGAGUUUUCCUUGUACACCUUCAAACUCUUUUAUCUCAAAUAAUAUUUGCAUUUUUUUCUC